AUGAUACUGUGCUUACAGCUGAGUGCCACUAUUGUGAUAGUCCCUGCGCUGGGUACUACUGCUGUGAUUCCUGUUGCGUGUGGUAUACCAACCUCCUCUAUUACGGCUGUGUUGUUUGAAAUAAUUCUGCGUCUCGUCACUAAGGCGACUUACCCAUUCUUCUUGGGAAUUCGCGGUGAAGAGGAAGGGAAGAAAACGGAUCAUCCUGUUUUUGUGAGGAUUCUUCCAAAAUCUAGUGACCGGAAUGGAUCAUAUGAGAUUGUGAAUUACCAGUUUUCGGUCGCCGUUCGACGUGUCUAUCUUCAUACUGUUGACAGCAGUCUUGCGGAAGAGUCCAAGUUUGUCGGCAAUGGCUUAUUCGGAGCAGUCUCGCUCGAGCUGGCCAAGGACAAGACGGAACUAAUUGUCAAUUUAUACCCGACGUCCCCAGCCAUUGGUGUGACGAUGAACAACCAGGCUUGA